CCUGGCCAGCCAAUCAGCCUGGUUUUUGGUAGCUAGUGUUUACAGCUAGCAGGUGUAGCAGGUUAUACAUUAGCCACUAGUUAUUAAUUAUUGAUUCUUAAAAUAUAUCUAUGCAGAGUCACGACCAUUGUCAAACAUAAUAAUUCUGCGUCUGUCUGACUGAACAUAGAGAGGAACUGACACAACAACGGUGUUGGCCAGCAGUGGACAUGAAUUCACUUGUCGGCUACGGAGUGUCCUCAAACUCCGAGAGCGAUGGAGAUUCAGGGGACGAUGAACACAAAUUUACCAGGCCCACUGAUGAACUCAAAGAAGGUGUCCAAAAGCAUCGCAACUUCCUCCUGGAGACAGGGUCAGCCUCCAGCGAGUCAGACGAUGAGUUACACCCAGAGGAAGAGCUACGUCCUGAGCCGCCAAGUGUGUCCUCCCUGGUUACACAGCCACCUAUCUCCUCCCAUGUCCCAAUCCCCUCCCCCAGCUUCCUUGCUCCUAAACUGCCCCCUCCUCCUCUCGGCGCCUCGACGCGGAGCAGUGUGUUCGCCAACCCCUUCAAGGCGCAGGCUGACCAGAAGCUCCACGCACUGCAAAAGCAUGUGCCCCUCACCCUGCAGGCCAGGCCCUCCCAGAUUGCUGGUAAGAAGAUGUGCGUGGCCUACAGGAAAGACGGCAGGUGUAGGUUUGGGAUCAAAUGCAAGUUUGCUCAUGACAGCGACCUUCAGAGCUCCAUCAUUCCCGGCGACUAUGACCCACCCAGUGUGGAUGAUGCAGAGCCUGACUCAAACAGAGCAGGGCAACAGCCUCUCCACAACCAGGGGGGAGACAAGGAGACUGAGGGGCAGCAGGGGAGGAAAAGAAGGGUAGGACUGAGUAACACCCUGGUCCCUCCAAAACGAGCUAUGAAAAAUUACGCUAUGCAGAAGGAAAGAGAACGGGUCAAUUUGUCCUGAGGGGCAGGAUUAACUCAAGACAACUCAGGAUUAUUGUCAGCAAUACAGUUUUAUGUUAUUUGUGUGUUUGUAAAAAAUAAGUUACCACUCACCAGUGCCAUUCCACAUUGUGACAGAUACAUCUAUAACCACUGAUACCGUUUGUUAAAUUAGUUCAAAUUAGAGUUUACCUCUGAAUCAAAUAUGCAUAUUUUCCCUCUUACCUAAAGUGCUAUCCAUCCAUUUAGAUUUUGGAGAUAUCAGCCUUAGCCCUGUAAGACCAUUUGUUGUAAAAUUACAUCAACUUUAGCUCUUUAAAUGCUCAUUUCUUUUUUGAAAGACUAAAUGUAUCCAAUAGCAUUGCAAGGCAAGACAAUAGGACCCAUUGGUUAUGUAAAUGUAGACGUUCCAUUUGCAAAUGUAUUUUUUGGAGAGCUAAAGGUGAUGUUGAAAUUGUAGGGUUGGGUCUUACAGGGUUAAAGCUGUAUGCCUUCCUCCAAAUAAUAUGGAACUAGAUUGGGCUUGUUUUCUCUUUCUAGAAAUCAUAACUCAGUGACUCAAGAUAAUCCCCAGACCUUGUUAUGAAGUUACUGAGUCACAAUUUAUAGAAAGAAACAUUGCUGUUGAGUUUUUCAAAGGUAUUUUUAUUUUGGUGCUUUGAGCACCACAAGACAAGUCCAAUCUAUUUCAUUUAUACUGAGAGAAGGCAGACACCUCUGUGGCAGCACUGGCUGGUAUCUCCAAAACUCUGUAACUCACACUAAAACCAUCUAGAUUUAUGAACAAUCUAGAAUUAUAAAUAGAACUGUAGGCAAGAAGAAAAAUAUAACAUUUAGAUUUUGGGUUGAACUCUUCCUUUAAUGGAUAAUAUUGACCACUGUUAAAUAUACAACUUUCAUACCUGUUUACAUACCUUUCGCUGUUUGAUGUCUAAGGAAAUUCUCAGUGUGGAUCCUUUAUAAAAAGACUGGUUGAUAUGUAAUGUAAUCAUUUAUAA